UUAUAGAAUCAGGGUAACAUCUUACAUUACCGCUCGCUGCACCAUCAAGCGUGCGCAGCGGCUGUGUAGUCUCGGAGCCUCUCCUGGCGCACGCGACGCCGCAGAAUGUCUGAAUAACCAAGUAGCUGGCUUACUUUGCAUUGUAACACACAGACCAUCCUACCGAGCGUUAACGCAAAGCGAAAAUGAGCCAGCAUCCGGGCAUCUCAGUAACUUUGCACUUCUCGGUGGCAUACCCAACGCAAUGGGGGCAAUGUAUCCUACUUGCUGGCUCGGGAGCGCUGCUGGGCGGUCUGGAGUGGUCAAAAGCGCGGCAGCUUUCGUGCACAAACGACAAGGACCUCAUCGUUUGGGAAGCGACGAUAGUGCUGCCAUGGAAGCCUUCCUACACCUACAAAUACGCUCUGGCACGCGCAAAAGAGGAUGACACGAGCGGCCCUAGCGUGCACGGGAACUGGAUUAUUGAAAAGGAGGACGCAGCUGGGGAGCGGACGGUCUGGCUGCCUGAGGGCCUGCAGGGCGGUGAGCUGGUGGAGGUGGUGGACUCGUGGGUGGACAAGUCGCACCCCGCGGCCCUGAUGGCCAGUGCGGCAUUCACCAAGGUCCUGUUCUCCCACAAGUCGCUGGUGCGCACGGGCGGACUGCCGCUGGACGCCCGCUGCAGCCCCGCACCCGGGGAGACGGUGGUGCGGCUGCAGGUUGCUGACUUCCAGCUGGAGGACGGCGAGGCUGUGCUUGUGACGGGCGGCAUCCCGCAGCUGGGCAACUGGCAGCCGGACCAGAUGUGCCAGCUCACGGAGACGCACACGCCCUUCUGGGAGGCGGAGCUGCGAGUGCCCUACUCCUGCUUCCCCUUCACCUACAAGUACGCCAUACAGACCGCGGAGGGGCUGGUGCUGGAGGUGGGCGAGCCGCGCCUGGCCUGCCUGCCCGCCUCCGCCAGUGUGGGCGCGCCCACGGUCAUGGUGCGACACGACGGCUACUUCAGGCGCGACCGGCACUGGCGCGGCGCGGGUGUGGCUGUGCCUGUGUUCAGCCUGCGCAGCCAGCACUCGGUGGGCGUGGGCGAGUUCCUGGACCUCAUGCCGCUGGUGGACCUGGCGGACAGGUCUGGCAUGCGGCUGAUCCAGGUGCUGCCGGUCAACGACACGUGUGUGUACGGCACGUGGUACGACUCCUACCCCUACUCCACCCUGUCCGUACACGCGCUGCACCCCCAGUACCUGGCCCUGCGCGACCUGCUUGCGGAGGAGGGGCAGGAGCUGCCGCACGACCUGGCGGCGGAGCUGCACAAGGCUCGGCGCGAGCUGGACAAGCCGGCGGUGGACUACGAGGCCACCAUGGCCUUCAAGAGCGCCUUCGUCAAGAAGGUGUACGACCGCUACGGCCAGGGCACGCUGACCAGCCCGGCCUUCGCGGCCUGGUUCGGCGAGAACGCGCACUGGCUGCGGCCCUACGCCGCGUUCUGCUUCCUCAGGGACAUCUUCCAGACGGCUGAGCACUGGCGCUGGGGCGCGCUGUCCUCGGGCAGUGACGAGGUGGUGGACCGACUCACGCGCCCCGGGGGGGAGUUCUACCCGCGCAUGCAGCUGACCUACUACACCCAGUUCCACCUGCACCGCCAGCUGCUGCGAGCCUCGCAAUACGCCGCAGCCAAGCGUGUGGUUCUCAAGGGCGACCUGCCCAUUGGUGUGGACAAGCGCUCCGUGGACACAUGGCGGGCGCCGCACCUCUUCCGCAUGGACAAGAGCACAGGCGCGCCGCCGGACGCCUUCUCGCCAACAGGCCAGAACUGGGGCUUCCCCACCUACGACUGGUCCGCCAUGUCCGCUGACGGCUUCGCCUGGUGGCGCAGCCGGCUGUCGCACCUGGCGCAGUAUUUCACAGCCUACCGCAUUGACCACGUGCUGGGCUUCUUCAGGAUAUGGGAGGUGCCGGGGGACUGCGUCACGGGCCUGCUGGGCUACUUCCGGCCCAGCCAGCCACUGACCAAGUCCGAGCUGGAGCAGCGCGGCGUGUGGGACACCGAGCGCCUGGUCAAGCCGCUCAUCACCGAGGCCGCCCUCAAGCAGCUGUUCGGCGAGCGGUGGGAGGUGGUGGCGGCCACCUACCUACUGGAGGACGGACCCGGCAAGUACAAGCUGCGGCCGGCCUACUCCAGCGAGUGCGCCAUUGCGGCCAUCCCGCUGCGGCCCGACUCGCCGGCCUGGCUGGUGCGGGAGGUGGAGGAGACGCGGGCGGGGCUGAUGCGGCUGCGGCAGAAUGUGGUGCUGCUGGCAGACCCCGAGGACCCGGAGGCGUUCCACCCCCGGUUCGGGCUGAUGGGCACCAGCAGCUACGCCGCGCUGCCGGCCCCCUGGCGCGCCACGCUGCGGCACAUGCACGAUGACUACUUCUACAGGCGGCAGGAGGACGUGUGGCGGACGUCGGCCAUGUCCAAACUGCCCGCACUGCAGGCCGCCACGGACAUGCUGGUGUGCGGCGAGGACCUCGGGUUCGUGCCGACCUGCGUGCCGCCCGUCAUGAAGGAGCUGGGCCUGCUGGGCCUUCGCAUCCAGCGCAUGGCCACCGAGCGCGACAAGGAGUUCAACAACCCCGCCGCCUACCCCUACCUCACAGUGGCCAGCCCCUCAUGCCACGACGUCACGCCCCUGCGCGCCUGGUUCGAGUCCGACCCGGAGCGCGCCGAGCGCUUCUACUACCACCAGCUGGGCGGCUGCGGCCCGCCGCCGCCCACCUGCGGCCCCAACGUGGUGCGGGCGGUGCUGCAGCAGCACAUCAACUGCCCCUCCAUGCUCACCAUAUUCCCGCUGCAGGACCUGAUGGCCCUGUCCUCCGAGUACGCCUCCCAGCGGCCCAGCCAAGAGGAGGUCAUCAACGACCCCACCGUGCCCAAGCACUACUGGCGCUUCCGCAUACACACGCCGCUGGAGGCGCUGCUGGCCGACUGCGACUGGUUGGCCACCAUCGCGGAGAUGCUGGUGCUGGGCGAGCGCGCCUCGCCGAUGGUGCUCAUGGCAAUGUCACUGGGCGGUCUCGCCAUCAUGGACGGUGUGGCGGGGGCGCCGGGAGGCGGCGUGGCGGGAACCAUGGCGGGCGCCGGCAGUGGAGUGCCCGUGGCGGGCCUGGUGGCGGCGGAGGGGCUGGGCGGCGGCGCGGCGGCCGUGCCGCCGCCGGCGGCCUACCUGCCGGCGUACACGCCGCCGCCGCAGGGGCAGACGCAGCCGGGGCAGUCGGGGAGCGUGUAUGUGGGUGCAGGUGGUGCGGGAGGUGGUGGAGGUGGUGGUGGUGGUGGUGGUGGGGCCGGGAGCGGGCCGGCGGCGCCGGAUGCGAACGGCCGCGCGCCGCCGCCCAUGACGCCGCCCUCGCCUGUGCCGGUGCAGUGAGACGGAGGCGGUGGAGGCGGCAGAGGCGGCGGCUGGUGGGUGCGGUGUGGGGCGGGGACUGGAAGAUUGGAUUAGGAAUUGUGUGCAUGUGACGAGGGGAUGGAGGAGGGGAAGGCGAUGGAGGAGGGGGAGGAGGAGGGGGCCUGCUGCACUGCACUGCAGAUUUCUUUGAAAAAACAUGUCGUAGGUAAAACGUGGCUAACACACGCAGGACGGAAAGGGGCAAAGGCCGCGCCAGGCGUAGGGCAGGUCGGAAACGGCUCUGGCUAGCGGCCUAGCAUCCGGCUCUUGCCGGUUGGCAGUUUUGGAGGAGUGCAGGAGGGGCACGAGUGGCGCGAUGCGCACGCGCGGAGGGCACUUUGCGUGUGGGAGCCGGCUGGGUGGAAAGUGUGGAGGCCGGUGCCGGCACUCGUGCCGGCACCGGCCUCCACACCUGCGGUUGCGGUGCGGACGGAAGUAAGUAAGUGAUGGGAGCGGAGGAGGAAACAGGCUGCGUGGCGCAAUUUGUGAGGACGUGCCGCGGUGGUGACGUGGGCACAUGGUCAAUUGGGAUUUGCCUGAACCACCUGCAGGCAAGUCGGCGGUGUUCAUGGUCUGCGAGCCCAUUGCGUCGUAGAACGGCGAGGGGGCGUGGUGGGUGUCGUGGGCGACCUGUGAGGCGGCGUGAGGCGGUGAGGAGAUCGGGCUCAUUGCCGCUCAGCCGUCAGGUUUGUUUGGGGGUUAAGCUGUUGUCUGUCCUGUUUGUUUGUUAGGUCAGUCGAAGAGUUUGAAAGAAGCACGCGUCUUUGUGCAGGUCGUGGUAUCGCUGCAUUCGCUAGCGUUCAGUAUGUGCCGGCCAGUCCGCUGUGGCUGAUACGAGCACGGUAGCUGGGCCGGCGUGCGACCGGAGUCCCUGCCGCCGGUUGCUCCACACUAUACUAUUCAUUUUUGAUCCCGUUCAUAGGUAGAGACUUCGUUUCGUGGUUUCAGAUAUUGUGCCUAAAACGGCAUUGUGCGGGGGAGGGUCGCGUGCUGCUGGCUUGUAGGCUGCAGCAGCAGUUGGGUUGCACAGGGCGGCGGUGUGCUGACGAGGAUGACAUUGGCGCGCCCGAGGCGGGACGUGUACCGCACCCGGUGUAAAGGAGAGGGGAUGCCGUGCCCGAUCCGAGGUGGCGUACUGGCGCGUGUUCACACAUGUGCACUCGUGUCCUUUCAGGCCGUCUGUGUCAGUACGGUAUCCGGGGCGCAGUCGCAGCAUGGAAAGGGGGGGGACACAAACGCAGCGAGCUAGGGAAUCAACCGGUUGCGAGGAGGAGCCAUCUUUCUUGUCCCAGGCUGCCCUCCCUUGAUCCCUUGGCCUUGAUUGGCCCCCGCCGUGAUGGGUACCAGGAGGCGUGGCGCGAGUAAGGCCCGGCCAUACAGGUGUCCCGGACUUCCGGAAUUGCGGUAUGGAGGGCGCGCGAAGGGCGAGACUCUGUGCGCGUGCUGAGGCGAUUCCCUGGGAGACGUGGCAGUACAGCCGACUGAAAUGGCCCACACCCAAGCAAGCUGCGCUGCCUGCACUCCCUGCAGGUGCCAGUGAGACUUUUCAAGGCCAGCCAUCUGGAUCCAACACGCUGAGCGUGCCGUACAUGCGCCAUUCGCGGCCUUCAAACCAAGGGGCACGCUGGAUCCAAGGAGACACGUGACACGUCGCCGUUACAGUGUCCGCACGGUGUGCGGUUCAGACACCCGCGUUCAGGCAGGCGCCGCCAAUCGCCGCGACAGGGCUGUUGCGGUCCAACGCUAAGGCCCCUGCUUCACCGGUAUCCAGUGCUCGUAUCUUCCAUCUUUUCGACAGAAAUUUGCCCCAAAACGCCUCCGGCGGAAGAAAAAUUUUGAUUCCUGUGGCCAAAAAUCUGUGGAAAUGCUUCAGGUUUGGAGGGGUCUUUCUGAGAUUCGCAGUAGACAUUUUAGGGCGUUUCUGUCACUUGUCCGGGCCCAAGGCAAGGGUGACUCAGGAAACUCUAUUUACGGCCGUUUCCUGCUGGCACCAUGGGGGCACACCAAGAUAGGGCAGCCUUCUACUAGGGGAGUCAUUCCGUGGGUGGGUGAGCGUGCUGAGCGUGAGGGAGGGCGCUGGGGUUUGGCGUGGGGAUGGGCCACGUUUUGCCAUGGAGCCAUAGAGCCGGUGCUUUUUCAGCAACGAGGGUCGGUUGCCCCCGCACGCUGUAACAGGGGCACAUC